UCCGCUUCUAGGCGAGAUAUCAGGGCUAGAUGGAUGCCUAGUGUGGCACAGCAACUUGGAUGUCUAUUAAGCAGGAUCGCGUCCUGCACUCCACUUUCAUUCCUGAGUUACGUUCACGCGAUGUCAACUAUCGACGGCAAGGAUUUCGUGACGACCGUUACUCUUCGGAUCAACUUCAAAGACCUCACCUUUAAAGACUCAUUCAAGCGAGAGCGAACUAUUUCACGAACUUAUAAGCCACGAUGCAGUUGCUCAAGACUUCGCGACAUCCACCCUUAUCAUGGCGUAAGAGACAUCGCACAGGGGUUGAAGCCGUCGGAUACGGUCACUGCUCGCUUUGUGAUGAGCACCCCGAAGAAUAUAAAACAAGCAGAAAGGCUCUGUGAACGAGAUGCGAAUCUGAGAUUUGAACACCCAAAAGAAUUCAAGUUCUGGAUCCUUAGUUUAGCAUUCCUACUUUCCGAGCUUUGUCAAAGCGACCACUCUUCCAAGGCCCACGAAAAACCUCCAAUCUAUGGACUUCGACCAUUCAAAGAAGGGGGCGUCUCAAGAAAGAAUGUGUGCGAAGAAAUCAGACAGCUCUUAAUGAGCCCGUUGAAGUCAAGCGAGAAAAAAGAGCAUGGUAUGGGCUACGUGUACAUCUUGCGCUCUCAACUCGGUGCUAGCACUAUCGGAGAAUUGAAGAUCGGUUUCUCCAAGUAUCACCCAGAACAUCGAGCGCACGAAAUAGCAUCAUGUUACGCACUACCGGAAGUGAUCGGCCACACCCCCUACUUACCGCACGCUAAGAGGCUUGAAUCGAUCAUUCACGUGGAGCUUCAAGAGAUUAGAAAGAUCCAUACUUGUAGAAGGUGCAAGGGAAAUCACCAGGAAUGGUUCACUCUAUUACAUCGCGACUCUAGAGAGAUUGUGACGAGGUGGGGCAGAUGGAUUCUUCAGCAGCCCUACGUGAAUGGUGAAUUAAAUGAGGAGUGGAAGAAUUAUCUGGCGACUAAAGAUUUUGGGUCCAUCGACGACAACACUUCGUUGGCAAACCUCUGGCAAUCCAUCAUUGACGAAUUUCCUCGAAAGAGUCUUCCUGGCACCGAGUCAACGCGUAUCGCGGACUAUCUCAAUCAAUGUCAUUGGGAUAACAUGUGUACUAGGAUGGGUGUGGAUGAUCUCGAGAAUAUUGGUUGUGAUAAGUGCAAGGAACCUGCAUCGAAGCUGAGAGAGUUCAAGAAAUAUCCCUUUGCCAACUCUGGGGAUGGAAUAGGCAAACUUACCCAACGCCUCAGCCAUAUGGGGCUUUGGAAGGAAGAGGGUCGUGGGCAUGGCUCAUGCGACUGCUACAGGAAUUCCGAUCUCGACUCUGAGCCUCUGCCUCGAGAUACAGGUCAGAAGAUCUCUCUAGAUCAGCCAAUCGGGACUUGGAUGGAUAGAAGCACCAGACUCGGUCGCAUGUUCCACCCAGCCAUACCCACUAGCUACGUCAUGUCGUCCAAUCGCUCAUUUGGCCCACUGAGCGAGCUGAUUCAGAUCCAAGGAGAGAACGAAAAAUUGGCAGAGGAAGAGCUUCUGAACUAUCUUUCUUCUAUAGAAAGCGUCAAGACUGGUGCGCGCUCAGUCAGCGAUGCCCAACUAGGAAUAACCGAAUCCCCUCUGGGUGACGCUACUUUACUGCCGGUCCUCGCUCUCAAAGAUCUUAAAUCCGCCCAUGAAUCGGUGGUCAAUUGGGUUGGAUACACCCCGACACACUCCGGUUUCCAAUUUUUGCAAGAGGCGUACAGGGAAGGGAAGUGGUUUGGACGAAAGCCACAAUUCAAGCUGCCGAAAGCUUAUCGAGCGGCUGGGGUAGACUCUAUUCCGAUGCCUGAUCGCAGCGGCGGAGUGUAUUCGGACAAAUUUAGGCAGGAUACAUCAGAGAGCAUUAGAUCGUCGAUUCCCACUGAUAAGCGAAACCGACAGGAACCGGAUCAAACCUUCUCUCUGAGCCGGGGAUCAGAAUAUGGCGAAGACACGUUUACCUUCUCCCGGACGAUGGACGAUAAAUUCAAGGACGAACUACAACAGAUGGAACAGAUAUGCAAGGUUCCUCUUGGACGUGCAAUGGUCGAGCGAGAGACUAUUAGGUCUUUCCGUCAUUAUGGUCUUGACGCCUGCUUUGGUUUACCCGAUAUUGGCGAGGAAAGCGAUACAGAUGAAGAAGUGAGUAGCUCUGGUCGGUCAUUUAACUCUACUCUUCCUCCCGUUACACCAGCGAAAAGAGUAGCAGAAUCGAGUCCUCAUGAGCUUAAGAUCACCCAGAAGAAGGCGAAACGAUGGUUGGAUUCCUUGUAA